CUUUGACCAAAACUUCUGACAUUUCAAAAAUCCUCUCAACACUUCAACACCAGCAGAAAUGAGCUCCUGAACAGCACCAGAUGUAGACGGAUUAGAGUUAGUAUUGAUUUCACGUAGGUAAUUUGUGUGAUUAGUUUUGGGUGAGGGUUUAUGGGACAGCAGCAGCAGCAGGAGGAGGAGAUGAUGAUGAUGAUGAAGUGACGCUGGGCGUUUACUGCGCCGCUCCAGAAUUCUUCGCCCACACACCAACUCUUUUGGUGGCUUGGUCAAGAUGUGAGCGGAUGAUUUCUUUUGUUUUGUCACUGUGGACUUCCUGGUUUUUUUUUUUUCCUUAAAGCACAUUUUCCUCUACGUUUUGGGGCCAAUGGUUGAUUUUCAGGUCUGAUCCGGAUAAAACACUGAAGCCUGAUGAAGAAUAAGGCUGCCAAGCUCAAGUCCAAAAGGAAAGGAACUGACAAUGCUUUCGGCUGUGACUUGAGUGAACAUCUGCAGAGUUCGGGACAAGACGUUCCUCACGUUCUGAAGACCUGUGCAGAGUUCAUAGAGAAACAUGGGAUUGUGGAUGGAAUCUACAGACUCUCAGGAAUCACAUCUAACAUCCAGAAACUCAGACAGGAGUUUAGCUCCGAACUCUGUCCUGACCUCACUAAAGAAGUGUAUCUUCAGGAUAUCCACUGCGUGGGCUCUUUAUGUAAGCUGUACUUCAGAGAGCUGCCCAACCCGCUCCUCACCUAUGAACUCUACAACAAAUUUACACAUGCAGUGUCGGUCAAAGAGGAGCAGGAGCAGCUGCGAAACAUCAGGAGUGCCAUAAAAGAGCUUCCUGAGUCACACUUCAGAACGCUGGAAUACCUCACUAAACAUUUGGCGUAUUUAGCCACCCUCAGCCACCAAACCAACAUGCAUGCUCGCAAUCUUGCUCUGGUGUGGGCUCCAAAUCUACUUCGUUCUAAGGAGGUGGAGGUGCCCUCCUGCAAUGGAGAUAUCGCAUUUCUGGAGGUUCGGGUCCAGCAGUCGGUUGUGGAAUUCAUCCUCAAUCACACCGAGCAGAUCUUCAACCUGGAGUUUCAGCCCUCAAAGGACAGAGACGGCCCUAGCGUGGCCUGUGGGGAGAAGUACGCCACCUUGCCUGCCAGCACACAGUGUGGGCCCAUGAAGCUUAUGAGUCUGGAAGAAGCCCAGGCUCGAUCUCUCAGUCCAAACCAUCCAGUAAUGAGAGAAAGACAAAGAGAAAACAGCCUUCCAGACACCAGCACUGCUGCAAUGUAUCACACAGUAAUAGAUCUCUCCGACAGCAGAAGAAAGUUCUCAGGAAAAUCAAAGAAGUGGAAGUCCAUUUUCAGUCUUGGGCGAUCUGUCAUCGACUCUAAAGGGAAACUGAGUCGCAAUGGGAGUGUGUUUAUGAGAGCCCAAAAUUCCUCAGAAAAGACCGCUAUCCGGCCAUCCAAAAGCAUGGACUCUCUCUGUUCCUUUCAAGCACCAGAUGAAGACAAAGCAGCAGCAGAAGGAGCCAACGGCAUGUUCAUCCCAAUUCACAAGUCUCGAACCCUGGGCUCAGAUAUCAACUACCUGAAUAAAAAAGAUCCAAAAUGGGAGUUGGAGUCUCAAACGGCUUCAGGAGGAUCCCUGAACGAGAAACGAGAAGGAGCAUCGACUGCCUCUUCGUCUUCUUCAUCACCAUCAUCAUCUUUAUCUCCAUUGCAGAAGAAUCUUCCAGAACAGCUGAAGGUUUUCAAAGGUGACGAGCGCGGCGGCUGCCAGCCCACGUCUCCCAAAAACCGCCGUAUGCUGUAUUCUGGAUCGGCCAAUAAUGGAUCCUCUAGACCGUCUUUUCCAGGCAGCCUGUUUCCGCUGGAGUCCUCGCCACGGCAUCAGCGCAAGGCCCUCAAUAUUUCAGAGCCGUUUGCGGUGUCUGUGCCAUUGCGUGUGUCUGCGGUGAUUAACUCAAACAGCACCCCCUGCAGGGCACCUGGGAAAGAGCGGGACAGGGGUUUAGGGGGACUCUUUAAGCCCAGUAAGGAGGCAGGACCUCUGGAAGGCCAUCGCAGGGAAAGCAUGGGCACUGCUGGAUUGUGUGGCACUGGAAACUUCAGCUUCACAGACUGGGAGACGGGACUGGCAGGUCGUGCCAUCGGUUCUGGGCACAGAGAAAACAGCAGUGGAGGCAGCGGAUGCAGUAUCUAUAGCAACAGCAGCUCUUUCCCCAUGGAAAAUGAGGAGCAGAGUGGGGAAAGAGAUUUUACAGAUGCGAUCGCUAUGGCGACAACAAAGAGCAAGGAUGCAGAAGUGAGAGAGCUGAUAGCCACUGUGGAGAAUUUUCAACCUCAAGCGUCAUCCGAGACUAAAGCAACAGGGGAAGAACUGGAAACCACAUCAACAAAACAGGAAAUGGCAAAAUUGGACAAACUGGAAUUAAUCGACAAGGUGCCUUCAUCUGGUAUGCAUGACAAGGUUUCCAUCACUGACGUGAAAACAAUAACUAUGCCAGAUGACCAAGUGCAGCCCAGCAUCACCAAAAUAACUGGAAAUCAGGACAACCUCAAGCUUAGUGCUCAAGCACGGCGAAGUAGUUUGCCCUCAAACACUGUUUCAUCAAAGGGACUGUUUAUAGACCUCACCAAAAAUGUAAUGUUCGAUCAUCCUGGUGCUACUACAUUUAAUUCUGUCAUGAAGCAUAUGCCUGAAAGAUUGCUGUCAUGUGACGGAGGCUGGAAUUACUUGGAAAGUGAUUGUGACAGGACGGAACACCAGUCACAAAACAUAAUAACCACCAGUCUACAGCUUUCCCCAUUUCUCCACCUAAAGGAAACAGAUAUUCUCCAAGACGCAGAACCGUGCAGUGAAGAGAAAGUCAAAACAGAUCUUUCUGAAAAAGACAGAGACUCGAAAGAUAACACAAGUGUCUCUGUAAAAUUGGAUCUUCACACUGAUGAAGAGUCAUUAGUAACAAAUGACAUUUGUGAGAAGGAAAAAAAGGAAGUUAGUGAUGAGCCCAGGAAACUGGACUUAGCAGGCAGAAUCAAAGGAAAUUUGGAAAGGCUCUCGACUUGUUUGAAUGAAAAGCGUUUGACGUUGGAAAUUCAAGAUGAUGUGGACACUUGCGGGAGUAAUUUGGAUCAGGUUGAGCCAUGGGAGGAUUUGUGUUCUACCCAACAGUGGGUCACCAGCCCUCUUCACUCUCCAAAGCUUGAGGAUCUGUUUCCCACACAAAAAGAGACUACGCCAUGUCAGGAAGUUCACCGCCAAGUUCUGGAUAAACCAAACGCAGAUGAGUUACCCAACAGCAAGAAUCCUGAAGCUAAAGAACCAGCUGCACUUGAUGAAAUUGCACCAACUCAAACUGAAGCUGCUGUGACGGCAGAACUUAAAAACUCUGACUUCCCAACAAGAAAGAAAAACGCAGACACAGAUGUAGCUUGUUUUGCGCAGAUAACGGCACAUUUUGACAGCGAUAAGCUCAAGCUUGAAGGAGCCAAAGAUGACAUUAAACUGGAUAUUCCACAGGUUAAACAACUGAAGACAUUUAAUGAUCCAGAGGAGACUACUGGACUGCAAAACAUGAGCAAAGCGAAGCAGAAACGCUCUUUUUGCUCUCAGAGAUUUCAUCGGCAAACAUCCCAUGAGUUCUGCAUUACGGAGAAGAGUCAAGGAAGCGGUAAACCCAAACUCAGGCCAUGCUCUCUAAAUCUCGAUUUAAGACAUCAAGGUUUCAGAGAUAUCUCAAAUUGCCAGUAUCUGAAUAGUGCAAAUAAAUGGAUGACACCUGAAGCCAAAGAUGGUAAUUCGUCUCUAGAAUUGGAGCUAUUCCUGAGUGCGCCCAAAGCACCAAUGCGACGUAACUCUGCGCCUGUCAGCGUAUCCUCAGUCCGUACUGCGUUCAUGAUCAAAACCUGCCAAGCAAAAGCUGUUCCUGUUAUCCCACCAAAAAUUCAAUACAGCCACAUACCUCAUACUCUACCGGGGAGGAAAAACUCUGAGGAGAGCACUGAUCAGGUCAACAAAAGCACGCCUGAAAAGAAACCCACCAAAAGCAAGUUGGGAAAAGUAAGUUCUUCGUUUCCCCUUCAGAAAGUCUACAGGGAAGAUCGACAAAGCACUGAACCUCCAUCAGGCAUUCAAAGACACAAGUCCAUGAACAGUGCCACAUGCAUUGAGAAUUACAAGCCAACAUCCUUUCCAGAUCUCCCAGUGUUGAGAAGGAAACGUUCUGCAAACGGCGACACAUUUAUGGACCGUCCAAGACCAGAGCGCUCGUCGCUUCUUCAGAGAUCAUCUUUCAGAAAUCGUCCAAGACCUCAAAGUCUCAUCUUGUUCAGCCCACCGUUUCCUAUCAUGGACUACCCUUCGGUAGGGGAUGAUAAUAAGCAAGCCUUAUCCCCUAUUAAAGCCGAAACAUCGCCGUUUGAUGCAUAUGCAAACGAACUAGCUGAAAACCUCAAAACUACUGAAGGGGUAACCUUGCGAAAUAAAAUGACCUUGCCAAAGAGUGGACAAAGGCUUGAGACCUCGACCAGUUGCUUCUAUCAGCCACAAAGGAGGUCAAUGAUAUUCGACAACAGAAGUAACAGGCAGAUCGAGUGAGAUAAGACUGACCUGUCAUCAGUAGUGAUGACUAGUAAAUGUCUUGCUUAUCCAAUGUGACCGAGUGUCAGAACACAUGGUGUGAUGCUUGGAAAUCAAGGUGCCAUUAAAGGGAUAGCUCUCCCAAAACUGAAUAUUUACUCACCGUUUACUCGCCACGUUGGCUCAGUGGUUACCUCACAGCAAAAAUGUCACUGAAUGCCUCUCAAGUUAGGCCAGUUGGCAUUUCAGUGUGGAGUUUGCAUGUUCUCCCUGUGUCUGCGUGGGUUUCCUCCGGGUGCUCCGGUUUCCCCCACAGUCUAAAGACAUGGGCUAUAUGUGAAUUGGAUUAACUAAAAUUGACCAUACUGUAUGAGUGCACACAGUACCGUGCAGAGACUUUCCAAGGGGCAUGUGCUGAGAAAAAAGUGGGGAGGUUGGGAGUGAUCGCGAACUGAAGACCAGGGGGCACUUUAGUUCAUUUUUGAAGGGCACCUUUUAUCCAAAAGAAAAAAGGGAAUGUGAAUGUGAGGUUUUUCCAAGUACUGGGAUGCGGCCGGAAGGGUAUCCUCUGUGUAAAACAUUUUCCAGAAUUGUUGGUGGUUCAUUCCACUGUGGCAACCCCUGAAAAAUAAGGGCCUAAGUCGAAGGAAAAUUAAGGAAUGUUUACUUGCCCUCAAGUGGUUACAAACCUUCAAAACAAAUACUAUAGCACAGUGGUCCUCAACCUUUUUAUCAACACUUGACAAUUAUACCAUGGACCGGGUGGGGUUUCGUAGGUUGUAGGUGACCGUUUUCUCAGAGAAUGACAAGCUGACAAAACAUUGCUGUCACUUUGAUACAAGUUUUAUUUAUGGAAAAAAUUACAAAGCACUGCAGUGUUUGGGUGUUCUGUGUUUGUCUGAGAUAAUUAGUCCACCGAAUGUUGUAUAUUCCAUGCACAUUCGAUCAGUUCUUGUCAUGUGACUCUUGGUGCGUUUGCGUAAUUUAUUUACUGGGUGCAUCUGGAAGGCUUGAGUGCGUUACGCCACUUGCAUGCACACCUCCAUCAGAAAUAACGAACUUGCACGAACUGUAGAAAAGACGCAAUAUGCGAAUGGCCCCUAAAAGGCCGCCAUCAUUUGCGAUCUUCAGCAGUUGGCACAGCCAUGCUGGAUUCACCUGAUUUGUUGACAAAUGGGUUGCUGAUCCAUUCCUUGGCAGUUCCGGGUCCUUCACUGGGCCUUUUCCCCUUAGCAAAGAAAUUUUCUAAAGACGUCUCUUUCUUACUUAUUUUCCUACUUGUGGGUUAAAUUUGGGCGCUCAAGUAACCGAGACGUACACGAGAGAAUACGGUUAUUUUUCAAAAUAAAAGAUUUUUCAGACUCAGAUAGUAAAUAAAACGGAAAUAAUUUAUGAUUUCUUGUGCAGCCCGGUACCAAUUGAUCCACGGACCAAUACCUGUCUGUGGCCUGGUGGUUGAGGACCACUGUUAUAGAAGUCAGUGGUUAAAGGUUUCCAAUGUUUUUCAAAAUAUCUUAACUUUUGUGUUCAACACAAGAAACCUCAUAGAGUUUUGAAACAAGUAAUCGGUGAGUACUUUUUGGCUAAACUAUCUCUUUAAUCCUGAUAAUACAAAAGUAUUAAGCUUUGUGUAAAAUUCUGCUGCUGCUGCGGUUAGAUUUAUAUCAGAUAUUGUUUAUAUCUUUUCAAGAAAAAACUGAAACCUAUGGGAAACUGUAUAUGUAAAUACAGACUGUACAGGCACAUCUCAAUUUAAACUGGCUCCUCCAUUGCCUUUCUUAGGAACUUGUAGUCUUUGUGUCCUGAUUGGAACAUAUUAUGUUUACAACAGAAUUAAUAAGUUAUAUACAAAUCUACAUGAGGAAAUUGCAGUAGGUGUGCAAGCCAAAGCUUUAAAAUAGCCCCAAAAUUUUGUAAUAAAAAAAAAAAAACAUUGUUUAUUUAUUAUACCAUAGCGUCUUGUUUUGUCAAGUAAUGCAAAACUGUUCUCCCAAGUCUAUUAUAAAGUAAAAAAAAUCAAUAAUUAAGAGUAAAGUCCAGUGAUUUGAAGAUAGUUUAAAGGUCAGUGCUCUUGAAUAAUUCAAACAUGGUCUCAAGUUGCAUUCUCUCUUCUUUAGUCGAUAAAGAUACUGUCAUAUUUUCAAAACUGUUGAUUACUAAAUGUUAUCAAAAAUGAUAUAUUAAGUUUUUAAAAUGAGAACAUAAAAACAUCAGUGUUUUAUGUAAACCGUAAGGCAAAGACAUUUCGACAAGGAUGAAAGACAAUGAAGCUGUCGGUUAUGGUAAUCAAAAACACUAACCUUGUAAUAUGUUUUUGUAUUCACUCAAAUUGGAUAUAUUGUAUGUAUUCCAUUCUUAACUAAAUAAAAAAGUAUUGCACAUGUAA